AUGGGUAAAAUAUGGGCCUCCGAAAUUGAUUUGGUGAUUUCAGAUAUUUAUAAGUCAGUUUAUGAAAUGAAAUAUGUUGCAUGUGUCACUAUUGAUUAUAUUUCCUUGACGACCAGGGACAACAGUGACAUGGAGGGAGUCAAUGCUGAGGGUGAUUUCGAUGAAAUAUUUGAUUAUAAUGACGACGCUGAAAUGGGAGAUCAUUGUCGCCAUACUAGUGCUACACAGCAAACUGCAGAGGAAAAUGUACAAGGGGAUGUUAGCUUGCAUUUGGAAAUGGAUGAGGAAAAUGUUUUAGAAAAGUAUGGAAUUAUUGGAGACCCAUUUAAGUUGAGUAAGAGUAGCCUUAUAGGCCACGUAUUUGAUUCUUUGGAUUCCGCCGAAGAAUUUAUAUAUGAUUACGCUAAGGUUGUGGGAUUUAGCCUUCACAAAAGUCACAUGAGGAAGAAUUCUUGUGGAGAGAUUUGGGAAAGAGAGUGGGUUUGCUCACGACAAGGAACUAGGUCAAACAGUCAUUUGACAAGGGAAAAUAGGAAAAGGAGGCCCAAUGCUCUAACUCGAGUGUGUUGCAAGAUGGCUUUCCGAGUUAAUCUUGUUCAGACAACUAGCAAGUGGGUCUGCAAGGAGUUUAUUACUGACCAUUCCCACCCGUUGACUUUCGAAUUGCACAAGCAAUUCCUUCGAUCAAACCGGGUUGUUUCAGAUGGAUAUACUAACCAAGCGAAGACCUUGAAAGAAGCUGGUGUGCGAACGUGUCACAUAAUGUCGUACAUGGCAAAUCAAGUUGGAGGUUACCAUAAAAUGCCUUUUACAAUGAAGGACCUUUACAAUCGAAUGUCAGCUGUGUCAACAAUCGACUUUGUUGCAUCAGAUGUCGGUCGAGCGUUGGGGUACUUAGAACAUAAAGCGGAUAUGGACCCUAAUUUCUUUGGAACUUUUUCAUAUGAUAAUUCAAAUCAACUUCUGAACUUAUUUUGGGGUGAUGGGAAAGCUCGUUUAGAUUACGAGACAUAUGGACACUCAGUUGCCUUUGACUCAACUUAUAAAACAAAUAGCUACGGUAAGCCCUUGUUGAUAUGGAUAGGAGUCAAUAACCACUUCAAAACAUGUCCAUUUGGAUAUGCAAUCCUUGAUAAUGAGUCGACAAGUUGUUAUAUGUGGGCAAUAAAGGCAUUCCUCGAAUGCAUGAAUGGGGUGGUGCCAAAGACUGUGGUCACAGAUGGUGAUCUUUCUAUGGAAGCAUCCAUCGAAGCGCCGAUGCCAAAUGCAGUACACCAUCUUUGUUAUUGGCAUUUACACAACAAAGCUAUUUUGAAGGGUAAGGACUGUACGUUUGCAAAAAGGCUUAGUGACUUAUGUUUCACGUACUAUGAGGAGGAGGUGUUUGACCACAAACUGAAUGAACUAAUAACAGACCACGAACUAGAUGGCAUCAACUAUGUAGCAAAACUAUGGGCAACAAAACACAAGUGGGGGGAGACUUUCCUCAGGGGAAAUUGUUUUUGUGGGAUGACCACCACACAGCGUAACGAAGGUAUUAAUGCAGUGUUGAAGAGGAAAGUGAAUGAAAAUAUGAGGUUGUAUGACUUUGUUCAAACCAUUGACAUGGCUACUUCAUGGGUUCGACAUGGACAUCUAAAAGAAGAUUAUCAGUGUUUACACAUGAAUCCUGUUUUGGGAGUGACAAAUUUGCCUAAAAUAGAAGCAGAGUUAUCUAAAAUCUAUACAAGGAACAUGUUUUACAAAGUUAGACAACAAAUGUCCCGGGAAGGUGAUUACCAAGUUAGUAGUUUGGAAAACGACGAGGAGGGGACUAUUAUGGAACUGCAGAAGUAUGGAGACAAUAGGUAUAGGAGAUUCGUGUAUGCGACAGCUGGGGGUGAUUUUUUUGUUUGUGAGUGCCAACACUUGAUUUCAUUUGGCAUACCAUGUCGUCAUAUAUUCGCAGCCAUCAAACGCCUUAAUGUAAUUGAGAUGCCAAAGUCACUUAUAUUGACCCAGUGGACACUAGAAGCUGGGCUGAGUACUACGCAGCCAGAGCCCGCCAAUCACCCCGAUAAGGAGUUUGAGGUUACGAGAAGAUUUGGUGAACUUAGUAGUAUUUUAAAUGAAGUAGCGUACCUCGGAAGUCAGAGUCAGGCAGCGUAUAGAGAAGCUACCCUUCAAAUUCAGAGGAUUUGUGUUGGACUGAAGGAAUCAUUGCACAUAGGAGGAGACAUAGGGAAGAGCAAGUUGCCGCUGAAGAGGCAUUCAGAAUUUAAGGUGGCCAAUCCAGACUUCACCAAGACAAAGGGAAAAGGGAGGAUGGCCGGGUCUAGAGCAGGUGUUGGGCGGAAGUGCAGUGUCUGCAAAAAAUCAGGCCACAACAAGUUGACAUGUCCAAGCAAAGUCAAGAAAACAGAGAAAGCAGGGGAUCACAAGGAUUCAGCAUAUGAUGAUGAACAAUCACAAUUGGAGGGAGAAGAAGAUGUGAAUUGGACAGCAGAAACCACCAUGGAUAUGGAACGUAAUGAGAGGGAUGGAACACCAGAGUUGCAGAUCGAUGGGAAUGAGGAAUUAAAUGUUGAAAUGGAAGAGCAUGAAGAGUCUGAGAACAUGAGAAAAUUUAACUUGUGGGACAGUAUGUGGGCACUUUAA